AGCAGCCACGGCGCCGAGCCCGGAGGGAGGCGGCACCAUGGAGCUGAAGAAGGACAGCAACGCCGUGGCCAUCGACAUGCUGCUCAUCGUGCACUCUGAGAAGCGGCGCGCGGCCCAAACCACGCAAUUGGACUCUCAAGAGGACCCGAGCGCGCUGCUGCAAAACCGAGGAGGGUCCCAAGGUGUCAGAAAUGGAAUUCGGAAAUGGCAAGAAUUGGAAAGAAACGGCUUUCAAGGAAACUUGUCAGAGAAGCAAUGCCUUCAGCAGCCUCAGGUCAUCACUUCCUAUGACAACCAAGGUACUCAGCUGACGGUGGAAAUCCACCCCCAAGACGCUAUGCCCCAGCUACUCAAGAAGUUCUCUUUGGCGAAGCGUUUACAAGGUGACAAAAAUGGAAACAUGAGACCCCGGCAGCCUGGAGGGAAAGAUGCCCAUGCCUACCCCUGGGACAGGUCCAGCUUGAAAUCUAUGCCCCUGGAUCUGCGGCACUUUGAGAAACUUGAUGCCUCUGCCUCACAGGUAUCAGUCAAGAGUGGCCUGGAUGAACUGGUGAGUGACUUGCUCCAGGAAGCCCACAGCGAUCUGGAAAAGGUCCGAGCCAUCUGGAUCUGGAUCUGCCACCACAUAGAGUACGAUGUUGAGGCCGCCCAAGAGAAGGACCGCCAAGCCUUUAAACCCACUGACAUCCUGAGGACCCAGAAGACCAACUGUGAUGGCUACGCUGGCCUCUUUGAAAGAAUGUGCAGGAUCGCUGGUGUGCAGUGUGUCACCGUGCCUGGCUACUCCAAGGGCUUUGGCUACCAGACUGGACAAAGCUUCUCUGGAGAGUUCGACCACGCCUGGAAUGCUGUGUACCUUGAGGGCCGUUGGCACCUGCUGGACAGUACCUGGGGCAGUGGCCUGGUAGACACCACCACCUCCAAAUUUACCUUUCUCUACAAUGAAUUCUACUUCCUCACCCACCCCGCCCUGUUCAUUGAGGACCAUUUCCCAGACAACAAAAACUGGCAACUGCUGAAGCCACCUCAGUCCCUGAGGCAGUUUGAGAACAACAUGUACCACAAGAGUGAAUUCUACAACAAGGGUAUGCUGAGUGCCCACCCAGAAACGCCCAUGAUCCGGACAGUGAAUGGGAAAGCCACGGUCACCAUCGAGAGCUGUGCCCCAACCCUGUUCAUGUUCAUGCUCAAUGGCAAGCAGGAACAUGGGCUCCUGAGCCUAAGGAAGAACGGGAUGAAGCUGGAGGUGUACCCUCCAACCAUGGGCACCCACAAGCUACAGAUCUUCGCCAAAGGCAACUCUGAGAUCUACAGCUCAGUGCUGGAGUACACACUCAAGUGCAACUUCGUGGACCUUUCUGGCCGGCUGCCCGCGGAGCUUCACCAGCCCGUGGGCCCCAGUUGGUUCUCGGAGCAGAUGGGCAUCACGAAGCCCUCCCACCCCGACCCCAUCAUCCACACCAGUGAUGGUCGCUGUUCCGUCAGCUUUGGCGUGGAGGAAGGCAUCAGCGUCCUGGCAUCCCUCCAUGGAGAUGACGGCCUUGUCACCGAGGAGACGCAACUGCGCUACAUCUUCCAGCUGAACCGAGAGAAGAGGACAGAGCUGAAAGUCCAGCUUCCCCACGCGGGCAAGUUCGCCCUCAAAAUCUUCGUGAAGAAGAGGCAAGAACAAGGCAACUUCGUCUUUGUCUUCAACUACCUUCUGUGCUGCGCCAACACCAAGGUGAACUGGCCUAUGUUCCCCGAGAGCUUCGGCAACUGGGGGCAGGGCAAUGAGCUAUUGGAGCCCCUCUCAGGGGUCCUUCCCGCCAACCGCAAUGUACCCUUCAAACUAAAGCUGCAUGGUAUCGCCAAAGCGCUGGUGAAAGGGCAGGACACGUGGCCCCUGACCCUUAACCCCGAGGGAUACUGGGAGGGCAGCUGCAGCACCGCUGGCUGCCAAGAAGUCUACGUCAUGGUGCUAGAGAACGCUAACCACAACUUCUACUCCUACAUCCUGAAAUACAAAGUGAAUGACCAGUGAAGGGCUAAAUACCCGCACCCUCCCAGGGCUAAGGCCAGCCCUGCCCAGGGAGGGCCCAAACGGAAGUGCAGAGAGCCUGGGACACCACUAAUCUGCAUGAAAACAUUUCUAGGCCUCUGCCUCAGUCUCCCUGCUCUGCCAAAGGCAUUGAGGAAUUUGUGCUGCUGAGGGCUUCGACUCAGUGCGAUUGUGGAUGAAGGGACAGAGGCAAAGGCCCUUUAGAAGAAAAAGGUGCUAUGUAAAUCCAAGGUAUUGUGAAGUGUACACCCGCGCCUAUGCCUGCUCUUGUGUUAGGACCUUGCUGUAGAGUUGGGUGGGAGAGAGGAGAUGUUGCCCGCCCUGGAAGCUUUUCACACAGUGACUAGAGAAUGAUGCUUGAGUUUGAGUCUACCAGAGAGAUCAGUCACCCAAGAAAUAGUGUUUCUCCACGGCUUCUGGACCCCAGGGAAUGUCGGACCGCUCGUCUUCCAUAUUCCUAGUACCUCUUCAUUAGCCACUUCACGCUCUUCAAGAGCUUGCGAGAGGGGAGAUGUGGAAAAGGAGCUAGCUAACCAUCAGCCAACUCAAGGCUGUUCUCCCCCAAUCCCUAUGAGUCCUGGGCAGGCAGACGAGUCCCAGAGAAACUUCAGCAGAACCAGGGACAGUGUAUGAUAAUAGAAUUCUGCUGCUUCCAGGACCCUUACAAGCAAAACUAGGCUGACGGGACCACCAUGUGCCCUGGAGAGAACGUUUGUGCCUGUCUCGGAGAACGCCUAUCAUAGCCAUUUUCUCUCCUGUCUUUCUCUGAGCUGACAACUCCUGCCCUGACUUCAACCUUCUGUUGGGAACAGUUGAGGGCCUCUUGCUUGCUCAGGCCUGUCCUAAAAAUCCUCGGCUGCCUAGCUGGCCCUCAGCAGCACCUGAGGCUGGUGUUUCCAUGGCAACGGCUGAGGGAAAGGCAGGCUGCAGCAGGAAACAGGCAGGGAAGGCCUGAGAAAGGCCCCAAGAGGCCACUACAACCCCAUCCCGGUGCAGGGAGGCCCUCCAGCACUGUCCCCACCAAACUUCGGGGUUCUAGGUGUCUGCUCGCUCUGCCUAUCUCAGGACCCCCAUCCCUCACUUCUGAGAACCACUCCACAUGUCCUCAGGCUCACCUGCAGCCAGAGCCAGCCUGGGAUACUCAUAACCUCCUUCUCUACAUGGCCCCGCGUUGGAUUCUGGGACUGUAGAGGUUAACACGAAGAACUCAGCCAUAGCCAUCCAGACCUCUGGGUGGGUGUCUGCUGGGUGGGGCCUAUCUGAAAUUCCAGAACCCCAAAACUUCAGUCCUUCAGCCCCUUCCCCACAGGUCCCCCACUGCCACCCACCUGGUACCAAGCUAGGUAGCCUCACUUGUGAUUAGCAUGGCUACUGGGGGCUGAACUGCCUUGGGCUUAUGCCCUGGGUCCUCGGGCGGUUUUCACCUGUCAGCAUCUCUCGUCACUCACUCCUGGAAAACGCACAAAAGCCAGGGAGGCAUCGCCACUCUGCACCACUAGGCACCACUACGAGGUGGAGCGGAAACGGUGGCGUUUGCACAGCCUGAAAACAGCCUUUCCUCACCCCUGUGUUUUAUGAGCAGAAAGAAGUGUGCUAUAUUUUAACAAAAUAAUAAGUGUUUCUGCGAUUCCAGCCACACACUAGACACAGCCCUGACUGCCGCUGCUAGCCCUGCAGAAGAUGAUACCCAUGUUUUUCAAAACAGUAUAAUUAAUCCACUCGGGAGCUCAUAGAGGAUGCUACCCCCAAAUAAACAGGAGCUGUCCUCAGGACCAGAGACCCAGGCCAGCCUCUCCCAGAGCGCUGAGCGCGUGGGUCAUCCACACGCCCCUCCCUCCUCAUUUAACCAGGCAGCCCCUUUGUCAAGGCAACUGUAAGAGCACUCGGGAAAACGCCUGCAUUUCUUUCCACUGAAGUAAAGAUACAUGAAACUAAAUCCAAUCUUCAUGAAUUUUUACACGCAUGCUGCCCAGGCUGGAAAUUUGGAGGUUGCGUUUUUGAAGGCUUUUUAUUCAAAUCCCCCUCUUUGUCUCCGGGUCCACGAGUCCCAGGGUCGAUCGAAUGGCACGAGCGCCCCCUGGUGGUCAAUAUGCGAAGUCGACACCGCUGCAAACCCUCAACUGUUAAAAAUCACUAGGUGCUUUCUCAUCCCUCGUGGAUACGCCGAGGUCAGCGUUGCCAUGCAAACUGUGAGAAGAGCCUGGGGAGACUUCCUGGUUGGCAUGGUGAGAAAACACAGAAUGUGAUGAGAAUUAAGAGAGUUUCGCCCAGAAAUCUUUUCCUGAGACAGAAACCCUGGACACAAGCCUGCCUGGUCGAGGUCGCUUUGAUCACCACACUCACUGCUAUGCCAAUGACAGGCUGAAACUGAUCAAACUCAUCACUGUGCCAGGCAAGCCCCAGGAUGGGUGCCAGGGUGCAGAAGGAUGGGGCGUGGUGGGGCAAAAGGGUGCAAUUAACCUCUUUUCAGUUCGCUUCCGAAGUGCCACCAGCUCAGCUGGACUGCUCUCUGGCUGAUUGUGAAUAUUCUGAGUUCUCCAUAUGUCUCAUUGUCCCACCAGGACGGACUUCUCACAGCCCGCUGAGAUUAAAGAGACGUAAAUAGAUUAAGUGAAGCAUGAAGGAUUUGAGCUAGACAUAAAGAGCCGUUUCCUGUCGUGAAACAGGGGGGCCACGUUGCCAAUAAAGUCUGCAAGAUUCUCAAAGGACUUGAAAAGGAGAAAAGUUUCCCCAGUGUUCUGGAGUUUUCUUUGCCCAUGGUUGGGUUCUCUCUCCACUAAUUCUUAAACUACACUGGUUGACCUGCAGUAAACACUGGGUUAAUGGUGUGACCACAUCGCUCACGACUGUCAGAUUUCUAAGGUUUUUUAUCUGCGGUCUGUCAUUUCUUGUCGUUUGGAAUAAGCACCUAAAGCUGCAGAGGUGACUAAUCCUUCUAACACAUGCGCUGGGUUGUGUGGGUCGCUGCCUGUUGACGGUCUCCUCACAUUGUUGCUGGGGUUGUUUUUCAAUAAAAUUUAUAUUCA